AUGCGUCGCGUAGCGUACAACAAUUUUUCCGCGAUCUUAGAUGCAACGAUGGGCUCUCUGGCGAAGUUGGUGUGUUUAUUUUUGGUGGUGUGCUCCGUGCAGGGCUUGCAGCUAGAGAGCCAGGCGUCAACGCGGAAGCCCAGGGUUACCAAGUAUAGCAAAACAACUGUUAUGCCUGGAGCAUCCACGGAGCCAGCGACCGAACGUAGUCUUAUGACGGCAACAUAUCGUCUCUAUGGAAGUGGAGGAGAAACUUGUAUACUUUUGACCGUUGACGCCUUACUCGAUAUCUCCUAUGUCACUAAACUUAACGAACGCGCUGAUGCCAACACUUUUGUUCCAAACAACGCAAACGUAGCUGGAGCAUGUAGAGAGAGUGAUUUGGAAACAUUGGUUCUGUCAUUUAAGGAGUUUUCCCUAGAGUGGACAUUUGAUAAGACACCAGGAGGAGAGCGUUGGUAUGCAGAUAAUAUAAGACUAACAUACAAUUCAAGUGCAAGGAUCCUUGAACAUGCAGCCAAGCAGGGCAGGCGAGUCUCUCUUACCACUGGGCCUAGAGCACUUUUGUUCCCCACACCAGUUGGAAAAUCAUUUUCGUGUCCCGAGGAAACUGUGAUUGAUUUAGCUGAAGAAGAACCUAGCAACCCAACGCUCGCACACCGCGCGAAAUUAUACCUUCGUCAAAUGCGUUUACAAGCUUUCAUGUUUAAGCGUGAUGGUGAAUUCGGUCCGCCUUGGCACUGUACUGAUUCAGCUCGUGCGCGGUCCGAAACUGCCCCAGUAGCAGUUGGGGCAGCUUUGGCCAUAGCCACCGCGGGGACGUUAGUCGGUUACGCGAUUUGGCGCUAUUUGAAAGUGAAAAAAGUACAAUACGACACGAUGGAA